CCCGUUCGUUCCUUGGAAAGCGGAGCAAGAGCAGCGACAACAAGCGGAGGAUCCGGGAGCCAGUCUACUGUCACGACCGACUGACAUCGAGCAUUGUCGCCCCAUUCCGUAACCUGGUCACGCAUGCGAGCAUUGUACGUAAUUUAAAGUUCUGCCAACAGGCCUUGCAAACUGUCACAAUGGUGCAAGCAAGAAAAUGGAUUUACGCCCACGAAUUUGAAGAUCAGCCACGAACAUCGAACCUGCAACUUGUGACUGAAAACAUUUCGGACACAUUACAAGACGAAGAGGUGCUGUGUGAGGCUGUCUUCCUGUCUGUGGAUCCCUACAUGAGGCUCUUCAAGGUGGCUGUGGGAGACGUGAUGCAGGGGGAGCAAGUGGCCAGAGUGACAGCCAGCAAGAGUGACAGUUUCGCUGUAGGGACGAUGGUCCUAGCCAAGCUUGGCUGGCGGACACACACCAUCGUGUCGGAUACAUCCAUCCUGGAACAGUUACCUCCCCUUGGAGAACUCUCAGCAUCCCUUGCUCUUGGAGCUGUCGGCAUGCCAGGCAUGACUGCCUACUUCGGGGUGGAAGACAUCUUGAAGCCGGUGGAAGGAGAGACUGUCCUGGUGAACGCUGCUGCAGGCGCUGUCGGCAGUGUUGUUGGUCAGAUUGCAAAAAUAAAGGGCUGCAAAGUGAUUGGCUAUGCAGGAACUAAGGAGAAAUGUGAUUGGCUGAAAAAUGAACUUGGGUUUGAUGCAGUAUUUAACUAUAAGGAAACCACGGUGUCAGACAGCAUCAAAGAGGCGGCCCCUGAAGGUGUGGAUUGCUACUUUGACAAUGUUGGUGGUGAGUUUUCCAGCACUGUGUUGUUCAACAUGAAGCAGGGCGGUCGUGUGGCAGUGUGUGGUCAGAUUGCCGCGUACAGGUACGACGGCAAACCACAGACAGGCCCUCUGGUGUAUGGGCAGAUGCUGGCGAAGCAGCUCACUAUGAGGGGGUUCAUGUGCCGUACCUUCCAACACUGGCCAGAAGCGAAGUUACAGGUUAUUGAUUGGAUCAAACAGGGCAAGAUAAAGUAUCGCGAAACAGUUACAGAAGGCUUCGAGAAUAUGGCUGAAGCUUUUGUGGGACUUUUCCAUGGCGCAAACACUGGCAAAGCAAUAGUGAAAGUGUGACACUGUGAGAAAGUACAGUUCCAUCAAGAAGCUUUAGAAAUACAACAAAGUCUGAUACAUGGAAGAGUUGGAUAUUAAUAGUUAUGGUGUUUUCAGUUGCCAAGUUUUUAACUUGAUAGCAGUCCACUUUUCCCUAACGACGGGCUGCUAUCUAUUCUGUUGCUUUGUGACGUCAUUGGCGUCAUGUUUCUUGUUUGUGACAACAUCAUAUAUUAUGUUCUAUGACGGUGCUAUUUGUAAAUCAGUGACCUCCACGGUGAUUUUUUUCCUCCAUAAUUUUUUAUAUUAAUAAUAUUGAUAAAGUCACGAACAUGGUUUCUUGAAUAUAUAAUGUCUUUGCACAUCACAAUUGACAGUAUAUGGUCUCAUAUUUUGUCAGUAACAACGGUAUAUGGUCUCAUAUGGGGUUAGUAGUUCUGCUCUGAUUGGUCAAUCUCAGAUUGAGCCAUAC